AUUAGAAGACAAACAUGCCAGUUCUUUAUAGCGUUGUUGCAAGAGGACAAUCGGUGCUUGCGAAACAUGCUGCAUGUACUGGAAAUUUUGAAGAAGUCACAGAUCAGAUUCUAUCAAAAAUACCACCUCAUAAUGAUAAAAUGACAUAUUCCCAAGGACCUUACUUAUUUCACUAUAUUUGUGAAGAUCGAAUUGUUUAUAUGUGCAUCACCGAUGACGAUUUUCAAAGAUCGAGAGCAUUUAUGUUCCUGAACGAAGCUAAAAAGAGAUUCAGAACUAUGUACAGUGAUGGUGCACUAACUGCUUUACCAUAUGCUAUGAAUACUGAAUUUGGACGAAUUCUAGCAAAUGAGAUGAAACAUUACAGUGAAUCUAAAGAUCUAGAUACAAUAUCGAAAGUUCAUGGUGAGUUGGAUGAACUUAAAGAUAUAAUGGUAAAGAAUAUUGACAAUUUGGCAAUGAGAGGAGAACGCUUGGAGUUACUUGUAAAUAAAACUGAAAAUCUUACUAACAAUUCAGUUACCUUCAGAAAAUCCAGUCGUAAUCUGGCACGCUCCUUAUUUUGGAAAAAUGUUAAAAUGUAUGUUAUUCUUGGAUCUGUUUUAAUUCUUACAAUUUACGUUAUACUUGCAUUGUCUUGCGGUGGAUUAGGAUUACCAAAAUGUGUUGCGAGUAACUAAUCAAGACGAUACUGCGCUUUUAUAAUUAAUAUAGAUCAAUUCUCAUAUAUGCUGCAGAGAAUUAUGUUCAAGA